AUGGCGUCCAGAAGCGGAUCAAAAUCCAAAAAGUUAGGCUCCGCUGGCUCCAGUAAGGCUGCGAAUUCCCCAUCUUCCUCCACCACCUCUUCCUCCAAGCACUUCCCCGAGACCUCAAUCGACGGCCAGAGCUCCCCUGCAUCUUCCUCUGCUCGCAGCAAGCCGCAGUACUUCUACUCCGAGGCUCCGCCUAUGGAUGGUGGAAGAUCCAAGGAGAAUGUGACCGUCACAGUUCGAUUUCGUCCUCUCAGCCAGAGGGAAGUUCGUCGGGGAGAGGAGGUUGCCUGGUACGCUGACGGGGAAACUAUUGUACGGAAUGAACAUAAUACUUCGAUUGCCUACGCUUAUGAUCGUGUGUUUGGCCCUACAACUACAACGAGACAUGUGUAUGAUGUUGCUGCCCAUCAUGUUGUUAGUGGUUCCAUGGAAGGCGUCAAUGGCACAAUCUUCGCGUAUGGUGUCACAAGCAGUGGAAAAACACACACAAUGCAUGGCGAUCAGAGGUCUCCAGGAAUUAUACCAUUGGCAGUAAAAGAUGCUUUUAGCAUUAUUCAAGAGACUCCAAACCGAGAGUUUCUGCUUCGAGUUUCAUACUUAGAGAUUUAUAAUGAGGUCGUGAACGAUUUAUUAAACCCAGCUGGACAAAAUUUAAGAAUCAGAGAAGAUGCUCAGGGAACCUUUGUCGAAGGAAUUAAGGAAGAAGUUGUCUUAUCCCCUGCUCAUUGCCUUUCCCUUAUUGCAGCUGGAGAAGAGCACAGACAUGUUGGUUCCACGAACUUUAACCUUCUCAGCAGCAGAAGUCAUACCAUAUUCACAUUGACAAUAGAGAGUAGUCCAUGCGGAGAAAACUGUGAAGGAGAAGCUGUGAAUCUCUCCCAAUUGAACCUCAUCGAUCUCGCCGGUUCUGAGAGCUCAAAGGCUGAAACUAUAGGGAUGAGGCGUAAAGAAGGAGCGUACAUAAAUAAGAGCCUUCUAACUCUUGGGACAGUUAUAUCUAAGCUGACAGAAGCCAGGGCAACUCACAUACCAUACAGAGACUCAAAGUUGACGAGGCUCCUUCAAUCUUCUUUAAGUGGUCUUGGACGUGUAUCACUGAUUUGCACCGUAACUCCUACAUCAAGCAGCUCUGAAGAGACGCAUAAUACUUUGAAAUUCGCUCACCGUGCAAAGCAUAUUGAAAUACAAGCAGCACAGAACAAGAUUAUUGAUGAGAAAUCACUCAUCAAGAAAUAUCAAAAUGAGAUACGUUGUCUGAAAGAAGAGUUGGAACAACUGAAGAGGGGUAUUGGGACGGUUCCACAACUGCAAAACAUUGUUGAAGAUGACAUUGUUAUUUUGAAGCAGAAGCUGGAAGAUGGUCAAGUCAAGCUGCAAUCUAGAUUGGAACAAGAAGAAGAAGCGAAAGCUGCUUUACUGAGCAGGAUCCAACGGUUGACUAAGUUAAUUUUGGUCUCAAGCAAAGGUUCCCAACCGUCACGGGUUCCGCACCGGCCUCUUCCAAGAAGGAGACAUUCCUUUGGAGAAGAAGAGCUUGCAUAUCUACCCUACAAAAGGCGGGAUUUGAUACUUGAGGAAGAGAACGUUGACUUCUAUGUUUCCCUUGAAGGGAAUGCUGAAACUGUCGAUGGCACCCUUAAAGAGGAAAAGAAAACCAAAAAGAACGGAUUGCUGAAUUGGUUGAAACUACGGAAACGUGACAGUCUGGGAACAAGUGCCAGUGAUAGAUCAAGUGGAGUGAAUAGCACACCUUCAACACCUCAAGCAGAAAAUAGUAAUCCCCACUCAGAAUCCCGCCAUGUACACUCAUUACUCAUGGAAAGUUUUUCACACUCAGCAGAGCUUCAUUCUGAUGUUGUACAAGAUAGAGAUACUCCAGAUGACACUCUACUUGGGCAUGAAACUCCUUCGACUAGCAUAAAAACUAGUGAUCAGAUUGACCUUCUAAGAGAGCAGCAAAAGAUUUUGUCUGGAGAGGUGGCGCUCCAUUCAAGUGCUUUGAAGCGAUUGUCUGAGGAGGCCUCACAGAAUCCCGAGAAGGAACACAUCCAACUGGAGAUCAAGAAGCUUAGCGAUGACAUCAAGAUGAAGAAUGAACAUAUUUCUUUACUGGAAAAGCAAAUUUCUGAAUCACUAAUCUGCUCACCCAAUAGAAUGGAUGAACUUGAUGUUACGCAGAAGCUUGCUGAGCUCACAACACAAUUGAAUGAGAAAUCAUUUGACCUCGAGGUCAAAGCUGCAGAUAAUCGUAUAAUUCAAGAGCAGCUCAAUGACAAGAUAUUGGAAUGUAAGCAGCAGCAGGAUACGAUCGAAUCAUUGAAGCAUCAGCUUGCAGAUGCACUAGAUCAAAGAAAUCAUAGCCCUUUGGACAGUCACGCCCAACAGUUUCUUGAAACGAAAGGUAUUCAUAUCCAAAGUCAUAUGGAUAAGGAAACUCCAGACUCUAAAGAGAGAAAUGAGCAACUGCUACUACUGCAACAACAGGCUUCCGAGAUUGAAGAACUGAAGCAGAAGGUUGGCCAGUUGUCUGACGCAAAAGACGAGCUAGAAAAUCGGAAUCAUAAACUGGCAGAAGAGAGCACCUAUGCCAAAGGACUAGCCUCUGCUGCCGCUGUUGAGCUCAAAGCAUUAUCCGAGGAAGUAGCAAAACUCAUGAAUCAAAACGAUAGACUCUCCGCCGAGCUGGCAGCUGCGAAGACCUCAUCGCCUACUCAUCGCAGAAACAGCACCGGAGGUAGCACAUUGCGAAAUGGAAGGAGAGAGACUCAAGGGAAGCGUCUUGAUCACCAAGCAGCUACUGGACUCACUGCAGAUCUCAAGAAAGAGGUGGCCGCAUUCCGGGAUAGAGAAGCCCAAUAUGAAGCUGCGUUUGUCGAGAAGGAGCAGAGGGAGACAGAGCUCCAAAGGAAGGUCGAGGAAUCUAAACAAAGAGAAGCAUACCUAGAGAAUGAGCUAGCCAACAUGUGGGUACUCGUAGCCAAAUUGAAAAAGGCACAUGCCAAUGCGGAAUUGGAGGCUCCUGCUGCUGCUGCUGCUGCUCCUGGUCCAGAAAACGACUUGCUCCGGAUCGAAGGUUUCGGCAUUUGA